CCCCGCGGCCGCGCCCCGCUCCGCGUUUUCGCCGCCGCCGCCGCCGCUCCCGCUCUGCGCCGCUCCGCCAUGUCCGCCCCGCCGGCCCCCGCCGAGCCGGCCCCGGCCCCCGCCGCAGCCCCCGCCGAGGCGGCCCCGGCCCCGGCCCCGGCCCCCGCCCCCGCCGCGGCCCCCAGCCCCGAGCCGCCGGCGGGCGGCGGGGACGCGGCGGCGGCCGAGCACCGCGCGCUGGUGCUGACGGGCUUCGGCGGCUACGAGAAGGUGAAGGUGCAGGCGCGGCGCGGCGGCGGCCCACGGCCCGGCGAGCUCUCGGUGCGCGUCCGCGCCUGCGGCCUCAACUUCGCCGACCUGCUGGCGCGGCAGGGGCUGUACGAGCGGCAGCCGCCGCCGCCCUACUGCCCCGGCAUGGAGUGCGCCGGCACCGUGCGCGCCCUGGGCGACGGCGUCCGCGGCCGGCAGGUUGGUGAUAGGGUGAUGGUGCUGGCUAGGUCCGGACUCUGGCAAGAAGUGGUGAAUGUGCCAGCCAACCAGACCUGGUUGAUGCCCGAGGGAAUGAGCUUCGAGGAAGGAGCUGCUUUUCCUGUCAACUACAUUACCGCCUACAUGAUCCUCUUUGAUUUUGGAAACCUGAGACCCAACCAGAGUGUCCUCAUCCAUAUGGCUGCAGGUGGCGUGGGAACUGCUGCUGUUCAGCUGUGCAAGACAGUAGAAAACGUCACCAUUUUUGGCACAGCAUCUGCCUCUAAGCAUGAUGCACUCCGGGAGAGUGGCGUCGCUCACCCCAUCGACUACAGAACAAUGGAUUAUGUAGAAGAGGUCCGGAAAAUCUCUCCCAAAGGUGUUGAUAUUGUCAUGGACCCCCUGGGAGGAUCUGAUACAUCCAAAGCGUUUCACCUCUUGAAGCCAAUGGGCAAACUCAUAACUUACGGAGUAUCAAAUGUGAUCACUGGACAGAAGAAGAACCUCAUGGCUAUGGCUAAAACCUGGUGGAACCAGUUCAGCAUCAAUGCCUUGCAGCUCCUACACCAUAACAAGGCUGUGUGUGGCUAUGACCUUGGAAACAUGGAUGAAGAGUAUGAGCUUCUUGGAGGUGUUAUAACCAAGCUGAUUAACCUGUACAACCAAGGCAAGAUCAAGCCCAAGAUAGACUCUGUAUGGCCCUUUGAGCAGGUGGCAGAUGCCAUGAGGCAGAUGCAAGAGAAGAAGAAUGUUGGGAAGGUCAUCCUAGUUCCUGAAGUACCGAAGGAAGAAUCCAAGAAAGAAGAGAACUAAUAAGGAAAGAGAUGUGUGCAGAUUGUGAAUUCCUGGUUUAACUCCCUGAUCUCUUUGGGACCUGGAAAUGGACAGAUCAAUAGCUUUCAUCUUCAUCAAUACAGGAGCAUCGUGGUUAAAGUUCAGAUGAGGUUUGCAUGCUCUUGUCAUGACUGGCCCUUUGCCAGAUAUGCCUCUUGCCCUAGCUUUGUUUUGAAGCCUGUUUAUUUCACACACUUUUCUAAUCACUUGUUUCUCUACUGAAAUUCCAAACUAAUCUUAUUUUCCUCUGGCCGUGCAGCUGAAGCUUCCAGGCAGCUAGUAAUUAGCAACUGCCUAGCCUAUCACUGUAAAACGAAAGCGUAAAAUAUUUUAGUAGCUGCCGACUAUCUCCACAGAAACUGAGCCCACGUAGUAGCACUCACCCCGUCACCUUUGAGAAGCAUGUUCAGCAAAAGAAUGGGCCAAACUGUGGAAGCGGCUUAAGUAGCCAGAGGAAAAGUGUGGCUGGCCUAGUCUUAUUCUAGCACUGGCUACUCUGCAAUUUACACUUAUUACACUCUCUCCCCUCUGCUUUCACAGGCCUUUAAUACCAGUGCGAUAGUAACAGGUCAUCUUGUCCUUGCCUUGUAAAUAAUCAGCUUGGCAUUCUGGAGUCUGUAGCAUAUUGCACUCUUAAUUUGCAGUCACUUCCCUGUGCAGUCAGCAAAUGACCUGAGAGGCUGGUCUGGUUUGUGUCUAAAUACUGAAGAAAAAUUUCAGUUAGGUACCGUGAUCUUGUCCGUUUUCUGAUCCCAAACUGUAAAGUCAGGCCAAGCUGUCUGAUUUUAGAGACCAUAAGGACUCAACUGGGUCUCAGAAAUGACUGGAACAAUUGAUGUUGGCUCUGUGCUUUAUUAGUGUUGGGCUCCAAGUUGAUAUCGUUAAGGCUAAACUUCACCCUCAUGUUUGUAUUUCCAAGGGCUGCAGCGCGGAAUCGGACGUCAGCGAGACGGGGAUGAACAUCUGUUAAUGCUUGCUUUGUGCCGUGCCCUGGGCAUUGGGGAGAAGAUGAUAUGGUUUGGGAGGUAACUGGCAAGAACCAAUCCUGUAAACCAGCUUCGCAGGGAACCCUGGGCUAGCUCAGGAUUCCAUGAGAGUCAUUCGGCGAAGCUAUCACUGAGUUACACGAACAGAUGGCAAACUGUCUAGCUCUGUGUCAAGCCUCUUUGCCUGGGCAUCUUGAGCAGUUUCAAUUGCGCUUUCCAUUCUCUUCUAGCUAUAUCUUUAGGUAGCCACUCAAACCAGCUCACGUGUUGUGGUUUGGUGCUGCAGUAGGGCUUGCCUCUUCUUCCCCCUGAAACUACCAGUCUUGGGACUCUUAGGCUCUCUUACAGCACCAAGGCUUUAGGAACCACCUGGGGUGCUCCUCCCAGACUAGAACUCCAUUUCUCUUCUUUUCUUCCAUGCGCUUGGAAAUGUAACUGUGCAGAGGCCCAAACCUAAUUCUGUGAGCACUUAAUGUCCUGGGUGGUGCCCCUCCUUCCUGUUGUACUGUGUUCAACCCGGGGUGACUGUGUUGCUGUUUGCGCUUGCUUUAGGAGUUUGAGAUUGUCGUGGAUUGUAGGUGCUGCAGGGUUUUAGGCUUCAUUUUGGAUUUGAAAAGGUAAAUGUGAGGACACCAAGAGCAGCUGGCCAUCAUGGAAGAGCUCAAAUGCUUGCUACUAGGAGUGCUGCUCAACCAAACUCUAGGAAGGAAAGGGCCUGCUUACCUAGGGCCCUGUAUGUGAAGCCCUGCACUGCUCAAGAACACCGUGAAACAUUGCCAUGGGGGUUUUUCUCUUUAAGUAGCAAGAGAAUGUGGCUUCUUCCUCUGUCAGCUGUAUCCUCCACAGGAGAAAUAAAUGGUGCUCCUCCCAUCUCUCAGUGCAGCUUGUCUUUUAGGUGCUGGGGUUCACUCCCUAGUUUUGCUACCUAUUGCAUAGACAUAGACUCCAGGGGACUUGCUCUGGUUAACUUUUAAGUACUAAAACAACCCCAUCGCCUAGGACCUUGGAGAAGGGCUAGUACGCAGUCACAGAUCUGUAUCUUUCCAUUUCUUGCACUUGAUAUGUGAACUUCAUAAACAGGCUAAUGAAAUUCACAGAACAACUCUUAACCUUUUCUGAAUCCAAAAUCUUGCUGCUUCUGCUCUGUCUGCCUCUAUCCUGCUAAUUUAGAUGAAAUCAAACCGUGUCUAAUGCUCCUUUACCAUGUCUGAUAACAGAAUGACUGUCUAAAUUCAUGAGAUGUAAAGUCUGGACCUGCUCCUCUGUGAAACCUGACCACCUCGAUGAAAGCGCAGCAUGCUCAAAUGGCACACAGCACUGCACAUCUUCAGAUCCUGCAAAUUUAUAAAGGGGGAACUAUCCAAUUGUGUUUUACAGUAACAUCAUCUUUUUCUGCUUUACUCUCAACUAAGUGCAUGCCCAGUGCCUUACUUGGAUGGCCUUAGAUUAGGCAGCGUAGCAAGGCUUAACAGCCUAGUCCAUCUCGAUACAGUGUGAAGGAAGAAAGCGGGAAUCUUGAAGCUCCUUGUAGGACAUCUGACAUAUGCUGCCUUGUGAUAUACCACAGAAAACAGUAUCCCAGUGCCUUCUCUACAUGCUUGUAAGGACUAGGAAGUCACCGGAGCCUUUCCCAUUCAUGCCUUUCAAAGUACUCCCAAAAACCUUUUGUGAUUCUUGCUAGCUCUGUUUUGUGAACACUGGUGAUGUAGUUUUGACUUUCCUUGAAUGUGACACCCUCUUUACAUGUACUACAGACUUUCCAGGGCUGUCCUGGAGGUUCUGUGCCCCUGAAUCCAGAAGAGUUGUAUUGUAAAGCAGUUGUUUCCCCCAUAAUGACUGUUUGGCUCAGAAUCUGUCCUCAAGUGAGGCAUUACCUGCUGCCUGUGCCUUGGCUCUCUGGAAACAGUCAGGGCUCCCAGCUCUCCUAGGGUAGUUGCUAGUAUAUUUUCUAUCUACAGAUUCCUGAAGCCCUUUUCAGGGUAUGAGUUAUGAGCAAUUACUAUGGUAUUCAGUUACUGAAUUUGACUUUUUUUAAUCCCUCAGUAGCAACAAUGUUUUCUACAGAAAGACUAAGAUUAAAACCUUGUUCUUCACUGCCUCACUAAUUAAUGCUCUAGGUUUUUUCUUAUAAUAGUCUUUUUUUUUACAGACAAUUUUAUGGGCCAAUAAGUAUGAAACCUAGGUCAAACAACUUUAAGUGUCUUAACUCAUUAAAGUUAACCAGCAGGUUGUAUACCAAGGACCAAAGCAAAAAGCCUAGGGUUAAAAAAAAAAAAAAAAAAAAACUGUUCUGUUCCAGAUGUUGCUUAACUGUUUAGGGCAAACUCAUACUAUAAGGGAAACAUGAGAUUCCUGUGCUUAAGUUGUGCAUGCCAUUCCAGCUAUCAGAAGUGCAGUUUAAUGUUUAUUUUACUGAUUGUCUGACCCGCAGGCUGUGCCAUGAGGAGAGGAGGCCAGGUGAAAAGCAUGAGUAACGAGUUCCUGAGCACAGAAGCAAAGGCUUCCUUCGCCCUGCCCUCUGCCUCUUGUGCUGCCAUGUAGGCGCUGCAUUGGAUGUAUGUGCUUAUGUUACUAAGCACAGGGAUAACUGUUCAAAUGCCACUCCAGUGUCAUUACUGUAGUCACCUUUUCGGACUGACAGUUUUGGCAGUUCUGGUCUUGGACAAAAUGCAACUCUUUCUGCUGUCACCAGGCAGCUUUAGUCAAGUUUUUGACUCUAAUUUCUCUCAAGCUCAUUUGUGUUGCAUACUAACUGUAGAAGAGAAAGGGAAGCAGCCUCAGCUUGCACAGAGAAGCACACCCCCUACUAAGAUCUGUAGCUUUAGCAAACAUUGAAGAUACUUGGGGGGGGGGGCAGGAGUUUAGCUGUAUAUUUCAUUUCAGAACACCUGUGUUAUAUGAGAAUUGAGUGACCAGUGACAAGUAAAAAGUGUGAGCAUCAGGCUUUAAUCAGUGCAGGAUCCUGGCCAGCUUACAGCUGCUAUCAUAGGUGUAAAAAACACUGUUAUUGCCAAAUGAAGUCUCUGGUGUUCUAAGCCCUGGUGAUGGCAAAGCGUGACUGGCAAGUAGUAUGUGAGCAUGAUGUGAAACGCAUUAGACUCUGAGCCUCUUACAACAUAUGGUCUGGUCUGUACUGUCUGAGUCAUGUUGAUUUGCAGAUCUGUGAUAUGAGUGACACUCAUCCUUACAGACACUUGGAAAAUCUUUGUUUAAAAAAUAUUAUUCCGCUUUGUGCGUGUAACCAAGUUGGACAGAAAGCAAGUGUGCCAAUGCUGUUUACAUGACUAUAAUGUGUAAUGCUCCUCUGUCUAAUGUUACCAUAUGCCUUAUGUGUUUCAAAUGUUGAUUAAAAGCAUAACAAAACCCUCA